CUAUAAGACGGUGAAGCUGGCGGGUGGCGGCGCAAGCGAGGAGCGAGCGCUCGGCCAGGUUACCCGAGCGGACUGCAGUGCAAGGCGGCCGCCACCAGGGCCAGCACCUCGCGGCAUCUCUGCCACGCGUGUAGGCGAGCGACCUCUCCAUGAAGCCGCCCUCGAUUCAGGGCAGCCCUGCGGCGGCUUCGGCCGCAGAUCCUCCCGGGCAGGAGAAGAGUCACCCCUACCCACGCUGCGGUUCACUGAGCGCUCUGUGCCCGCCCCCAGCCCCGGCAAUGGACUCAGCGGCCGCAGCAGACCUGACGGACGUGCUGUGCGAGUUCGACGCCGUGCUGGCGGACUUCGCAUCGCCCUUCCAUGCCCGCCACUUCCACUAUGAGGAGCACCUGGAACGCAUGAAGAGGCGCAGCAGCGCCAGCGUCAGUGACAGCAGCGGCUUCAGCGACUCGGAGAGUGCAGACUCACUGUACAGGGACAGCUUCAGCUUCAGCGAUGAGAAACUGAAUUCUCCCACCGACUCCACUCCAGCCCUGCUGACUUCCACUGUGGCUCCUCGGAAAGCCAAAUUAGGCGACACGAAAGAGCUCGAAGACUUCAUUGCUGAUCUUGACAGGACGUUAGCAAGUAUGUGAAGCAAGGAGUCCAGGGUCCUUAGGCCACAAAAGUGAGACUCCCGAAGGCUCCAAGCACCUGGCAAAAUCAGCUACUAGAAUCAGCUGCAGGAGGGGACGGAGCUAAGGCUCACACACCAUCAGACUGUUCUUGGCUCACCCUAACAUUUGCCAUCUGGCCCAUCUCUGGGCAACUCAGACAGCGAAACUGACUUUGUUUACCUGCCUGCAGCAUGUUUCAGCAGAUGAUCUGUCUAAUGUAUUUUUACUCCUUAAACAUAACUCUUCUAUAAUUUAAAAUGCGUUUAUGGAAAUAUUUGUAAUUACUUAUAUAUAGUUGGAGACAAUAAUAAGCUUUUCCCAUUAUAAUAUAUUUUUGUAUACAAAUAAAGUUUAAGCUGGAAUCUGUA